AUGCGACAAAGACUGAUAAUUACUGAAAUUAACUUUCUUCAUAACUCGGAAGUUGAGAAGGUUUUAAGUGCUUUGCGGGUGCAUUUUUGUCGUAUUUCGUGUCAACGUCUUGACAGAGAAGUCGAGAAAAUGACGGAUUACGAAAAAUAUGCCAAAUAUUUUACGGGACUUUUUAUUUUUGGAGUUUUGUAUGGUUUUGUGAUUUUUCCAAAGGCAUUGAAGAUGUCGAUAACGAAGCAGUUGCAAUUGAAACCAGGCACAAAAACGAGAGAAGAGAUGUAUUUGCCAAUUCCGUUCGAUAUUGAAUUUACAGUGACAAUGUGGAAUAUUACAAAUCCGGAUGAGGUUCAAGAAGGAGCUAUUCCGAUAAUGAAGGAAGUUGGUCCUUAUCAUUUCAUCGAAAGAAAGUUCAAGUACAAUGUAGAAGACGACGAAGAAGAAGACACAAUGACAUUUGAGGAAAAAAAUACCUUUUAUUUCAUGGCGAAUAAAACGCUGCCGUUGACAGGACAAGAAAUCAUCGUUAUACCUCACAUUGUCAUCGCAGCAGGUUUAAUAACAGUUCAACGAAAUUCCGCUCCUCUACUUCCGAUGGCAAUGGAAGGUUUAACUGAAGUUUUCGAUCAUCCAACAACUCCUUUUAUCACAGCAACUGUUUAUCAAGUGCUCUUUGAUGGAAUUCCCGUGAAUUGUGACAGAGAAGCGUUUCAAGCGCAGGCCGUUUGUCAAGCUCUCGAAGAAAAUUUGGGCGAAUCCGCGGUUAUUAAUGACACUCAUUUGGCUUUGUCACUUUUUCGAGCUCAAAAUGGAACAAGUAAUGGCAAAUUUAAAGUUUAUCGCGGAUUGAAGAAUAUUCAUGACGUGGGCAGAGUAGUUUCUUUUAAUGGAGAAACGGAUAUGGAUGCGUUUGAUGGCGAUGAAUGCAAUGAAAUAAAAGGCACUGAUGGACUAUUUUAUCCGCCUUUUUUGAAGAAAGAGGAUGUUAUUUGGUCUUUUUCGUCAGCUAUUUGUCGUUCCUUGGGCGUUUAUUAUAAAAAAGACUCGUCGUAUCAAGGAGUUUCGUUAAAACGCUUUUCAACGACUUUUGGGAAAAACGAUCCUGACUGCUUUUGUCGUGAUCCUGAUGAAUGUCAUCCUUACGGAACUCUUGAUUUAUCAAUGUGUCUCGGAGCUCCUUUAAUACUUUCAAAGCCUCAUUUUUUGGAUGCAGAUCCAAAUCUGUUAACAAAAGUUCAAGGACUCGUGCCAGAUGAGGAAAAAUAUGACAUUAUUGCUGAUUUUGAGCUCUUCGCAGGUGCCCCUCUUUACGGACGUUCAGGAGCUCAAUUCAACUUAGAUAUGGAACCCGUGGAAUCUUAUCCUCCCAUGGCAAAUUUACCAACAGCUUUUUUGCCGAUUUUUUGGGUCUCCGAGAGUUUUGGCUUGAAUAAAACUUUUGUCAAUCAGUUCAAAGCCCUUCAUAUUGCUACCAAAGUCAGUAAUUUCAUCAAAUAUGUCUUUUCCAUCGUCGGUAUGAUCGGUUUUGGAGCAAGUGUCUACCUUGCAUAUUCAUCGUCAGACAUCCCCAUCGAAAAAGAGGUAAUUGUCGUAAAGGAGGUGCAACCUUCAAACAUGUAUCCCGAAGGUCUCGAGCACUUUUACGACCGAAAUCGGUAG